UGAAGACGGACUGUGUUGUGUUCUUGUUAGUCAGUGCUUUACUAUGCCGUAGCUGAUUCGUUGGCAACCGUUUGAAUUUUGACGCCGCCUCAAACUGGGUCCUCUACAAGGACUCGAGUGCUUUCCAUCAUCUAGACUCUUACUUAAUUUAACAACCCAACCCUCUUCUGCACACUCGCCAUUCGGUCACGAAAGCUUCCCCAAGAUGUCGAACUCGGACAGCGACGACGAGCCCAUCACGCUCUCUUCCCACGCCCUCGCGGCGCUGGCCGAGUUCAACGCUGAGAAGGACGCCCGCCAGGCGAAAUUUGAGAGGCUCAAGGCACAGUGCGACGCCAACGCCGCCGGUGGAUUGCCGCUGUCCAUGGAGGCGUUCACCGAGGACUGGAACGAGUCUCAGUUUUGGUACUCCGAUGACACGGCGAGGUUACUGGCUGGGUACCUCCUUGAGGGCGCUGAUGAAUCCACCACCAUCGGCAUCGUGUCUGCGCCGAGCGCAUUCAUUGCUCUGCGCAACCUCAUGAAUGAACGAGACCCGAGUCUGGGACGGCCCAAGGUCGUCCUGCUGGAGCACGACACGCGCUUCAACGUCUUUCCCGAGUUCGUCUAUUACGAUUUCAAGACGCCAUUCAAACUCCCAGCCGAGCUCAAGGGUACCGUCGACCGUGUUAUAUGCGACCCGCCGUUUCUCAGCGAGGACUGCCAGACCAAAACCGCCAUGACGGUCCGAUGGUUGGGCAAGCCUGACGCCACCAACUCCAAUAACCGUGUCAUAGUCGUCACUGGCGAGAGGAUGGCAACCCUCGUGAACAAGGUGUACAGGCCCCUUGGUGUCCGCACCGUCGGCUGGGCGCCGACAUUCGCACGUGGUCUGAGCAACGAGUUCUACUGCUACGCCAACUUCGAGUGCAAGGAUUGGACCUGGCGGGAGGCGGCCACAAACUAACCGAAUGAUAUUCCCACGCAAUAGUAGACCAGAUAAUCGGAGGUGGUUCGUU